UUGCGAGAGCUUGCAUUGGCUAACGUUGGGGCGAUUAACAGGCGGACUGACCUUUCCAAGAAACUCUCAAUACUUUCUCCUCGAGAGUUGAGGGAUUUAGUAUGUACUAAGCUUAAACUGGUUUCGAAGAAUGAUCCAUGCUCAGAACGAGUUGACUUUAUAAUUAAAGUCGUGAAUCUCAGAAAGAGGCUAUCAAUGCCCUUCCACUAUAUCCCAACAAGCAGAAAGAGGCUAUCAAUGCACCUUGUCUACCAG